AUGGAUGCAGUGCGGCCCGACCAGGAGGGGUUGGAUGAGCCGUUUGGGAACGACGAUGUGGCGCCGGCGGCGCAUGCGGAGUUGGAGCAGCAGCGGGAGAUCCGGGAGUAUGCGCGGUGGGUGGCGUGGGAGUUGCCGCUUCUUAGCAAAUACGCGAGGCCAUUUGAGCCGCCGAAGAAGACGCAUCCGCUGCGUUUCCGGUACACGACAUAUCUAGGCGAAGACCAUCCCGCCGCGAGGAAAGUCGUCGUGGAGCUCGACCCGAACGACCUCCCGAACCUCAGCGAACAGCAGCGCGACAAGCUGAUCAAGAUCGCCGGCUCGCGGUACCACCCGGGCACGGGAAUCAUCAAGAUGAGCAGCGAGGCGUUUGGGACGCAGGCGCAGAACAAGCGGUUCCUGGGCGACACGAUCAACGGUCUCAUUGCCGAAGCACGCGACGGCAAGGAUACGUUCGAGGACGUGCCGUUCGACUUCCGGUACUAUACCCCGAAGCCGUUCCAUGAGUUCCCGAAGGAGUGGAUCAUGACGCCGGAGCGGAAGCAGGAGCUGGAACAGCGGCGCAUUGCGCAGCUGGAGGGGUUUGGAGAGUCGCGGGGUGACGCGGUGCCGUUGCUUGACGGUACCAGCGCUGCGGAGAAAGUAGAGGAGCCAGUGAUGAUCCGCUCACGAUUGAGAGCAAGGGAAGCACCAAUGGAGCGGCCGAGUUUCAUGCCGCGGCCAUAG